AGUGUGCAGUGUAAGCUUUAAAACGCAAUAAUGUGACAUAUCCCUUCGCUGGGAGUGUGGGAUCCAAAGGCUCUUCUUUUUCUCCUUUGGUUCCCCAAUCGAGAGAGAGAGAGAGAGGGAGAGCCCAUUUCGCCCGUUCGAGCCCCACAGCUACGCAAGCUCUCUCAUUUGCUCGCUCCUAUUCCCCUUCUCUCCCUUCAUUAUCGUUGUCUCUGGAGGAUUCUGAGGUUAAUCGCGCCUCCACGUCCAUAAAAAUGUCGUCUUUGAUCGAUUCCGUAGUGCAUUAAGGCGCUCAUUGCGUUGGGAGUUCGAUUUGGGGCGGUUUCUGCUUCGAUUUCUACUUGGGUUUCCGUUGAGCUGUGGAGCACCGAGAAACUUUGGGAAUUUAAUCUUUAAAAUUGACAAUUAGCUGUUGGUUUUCAUCAUGGAAAAGAUCCCACCUGACUGCCCUUAUCCAGAGUGCUUCUUCUGCGUCAUGAAGGAGGCCAAUCCGAGCAAAAGAAGAUCGAGCGUACGCAAAUUCUUCAGAGACCUCCCUUCGCAAGACGACGAUGGCCAAGUUCUCCCUAUCAGCGGCCUCUGGAACACUGCGAUGGCCCAUCCAAACGAUCCCGAAUUUAUUAGCUUGGGGAUUUUCGAAUGCAUGGCCGCUUUAAUAUGGAAAGGGCUAAAGAAUCGUCGUUGGCUCUCACAUGAUCAGAACAUAUACAUUCCGUAUUAUGCAGCCCACAUAAUUGGGUCCUACACUAUGAACAUGGAAGAGUUCGCCCAAGCUGCUGUUCAUGCUGGAGUAAUACCUCCCUUGGUCGAACUUCUAAGAGGUAGGUUAACUUGGGUUGAGCAAAGGGUUGCCGUUAGGGCGUUGGGACACUUGGCGACAUACCAAAGCACCUUUCCAGCUGUUGCAAGCCACGGGGAAAUUCUCGAGCUUGCCAUUCAGUUGGCGUCGAGCUCUUUGGAAAUUGUCUACUCUCAUUUUUACCAGUAUGUUGAUAGGAGGCUCGGCUAUCACUGCGAUCUACUUACGCGUGGCAUGGGUGGUGUGGAGAUGGAAUCUAGGAAAGCUGAGGAGUGGGCUAGCCAGCUACAGUGCUGGUCUCUGCAGCUGAUUAACUGCUUUGCUUUUAAGCCGGAGUUUUUAUCGGAUAUUUGCAAACCAGACUUUUUGGUUAAGUUACCGGGAAUGUGGGGUGGGCUCGUUAAUGAAAACUCGCCGGCGGGUAUUGGUUUGCUGAGGACGAUUUGCCAGCACAAGCUUGGCCGGGGUCCUGUCGCUAAUAGGCCUGGUGUGAUUGAAGCAUUGUGUAAUAUUGCUCGUUCUUCAGAUGACUGGCAAUAUAUGGCUAUCGAUUGUCUUCUUUGGCUGGUUCAAGAUCCAAAUACGUGCCAUAAGGUAAUUGAUAAAGCAGCGCCAGCCCUCAUAGAUUUAGCAGAAAUCUCAGCACUCGGUGAUCAUAAACGACUUGGAGACACUAUUGUUAAUGUCCUUCAAGAAUGUAUCCAAUCACAUGUGCCAACAUGUGAUACUAUUAGCACAAAUACAGAAGAAGAAAUUGCCGAGUUCUUUAGCUCCAGGAAGAGGCUAAGAUUGGAAAAGAACAUGCCAAAGGAAGACCUCCACAUAAAACAGGCGGCAGCGUUGGUCGUCAAACUCGAAGGUAACUCUUUGUUCUCUUCAGGUAAUAUUGCUGGAGCUGCUUCUAAGUACUCUGAAGCAUUGGCGCUUUGCCCCAUGAAGUCUAAAAAAGAGAGAGUAGUCUUGUAUAGUAACCGCGCGCAGUGCUAUCUCCUCCUUCAGCAGCCAUUGGCAGCUAUUAGUGAUGCCACUCGAGCUUUAUCCCUGCAUAACCCACCAAACCGCCAUGCGAAGAGCUUGUGGAGAAGAGCCCAGGCUUAUGACAUGCUCGACUUAGCUAAGGAGAGCUUAUUGGAUGCCAUUCUAUUUAUCAAUGAAUGUUCGCAGUCGAAUGAUCCUGACCUUUCAUUGAGGCAAAACAAGGUUCCUGAUUAUGCUGAAAGAUUGGUGAAGAAGCAGAUGCGUGCUGCUUGGCUGUUCAGAGAAGCAGCUUUAAAGCAUGGAGGUGUUACUGGCGAUGUCUUUGGUCAAGAAGCUGAUGAUUCUGAGUGGGAGACGGCGAGUGAGAGUGAUGCUGGGAAUGAUGGAGGGAGAGAAGUAGACGACGAUGACGACGACGAUGAUGAUGGGAGUGAAUGGAAAGAUGAUGACAACCAGAAAGAUGUGUAUGAAAAAAGUUCAACAAAAGAUAAGAAUCAUGGAUACAACUUGCGACUCGCGGAAGAUGAUAGCUGAAUUUCAUGUAUUUAUGUACAAUCUCAAUAUCUCAGAUUAAAUUCUCUUCAAACCUUGAAAUCAAAAAUUUGCUCAGUUCUCUCUAGUGCGGUUUUGCGAUUGUAUAAGCUGUCUUCAUGGGAGUUUUUGAACUCAUUCAGCAAUAGCUAUCCUGCUAGUAGUCCAGAUGAAAAAAAGAUAUAUUGUUGCUUGGUCUAUGAUAAAGGAUUGUGACUUGUGAGGAGUUGACUUUGCUUCAAAAUUUCAUAAUUAUUAUCAUUGUUUGGCCUAUGAUGAAGGAUUGUGAAGAAGUUUGCUUGCUUCAUAACGGCAUAAUCAUUAAUAUUUGUUGUAAAGAUUUUUUGUUCCUA